UCUUCUCCUUUCCUCCGCCAUCGUGUGCUGUACGCCUCACUAGGCUUCUCGCCAUGUCUUCUCACAAGACUUUCAGAAUCAAGAGAUUCCUGGCCAAGAAACAAAAGCAAAAUCGUCCUAUUCCUCAAUGGAUCCGGAUGAAAACUGGUAACAAAAUCAGGUACAACUCUAAGAGAAGACACUGGAGGAGAACAAAACUGGGUCUGUAAGGAUUCACACAGUGGCGAGACUGAAUUGGGGUCAUCGAUCCAGUCCUACCAGAUGGAUUUCAACAUUUUUAACAUGGAGUCUUGCUCUUAAUAUGAAGUCUUAAGAGUGUCCAGUAAUAAAAUAUAGAACCUUUCAAAAAAAAA